GCCGCAAGAAAAGAUUCAAGAAAGGUAGAUAUGAAGAGAUUAGACUAUUGGGCAUGGAUGGCAUGGUCGUGGAAUCGAUACUUGGCUUUAUUUAUACUGCCUCAAUAGAGCUCCAGAGUGCAACGGUUCGAAGAGUCUUGAGAGCAGCAGAGCUCUUUGAAAUGGAAACAUUGGUGGCAGCUUGCUGGGAUUUUCUGGGUGACCAGUUGGAUGCAACUAACUGUCUCACUGUACUAUCGUUGGCAGAAGAACAGGGCUACACAGAAUUGCACAGGGAAGCGUCCAUAUAUGCGUACACCAAUUUUGAUGAAGUCUGCAAGGAGGAUGAGUUCUUCCAGCAGACCAAAGAUCAGCUCAAAAAAUUCAUAUUUGGAGCUGACAUAUCCGCCGAGAAGGUGUUUAUAAACCUCGUGUCAUGGUUUGACUACGACCGCCAAAACCGUGAGCAAUACCUUUUUGAACUUUUGUCAAAUAUUCGGUUCGAUUUAUUGGAUCCAAAGUUCAUAAUCGAGAACAGACAUCUGGUAUGUAAAUCCAUGGAGUGCUUUGAGUCAAUUUGCAGCUGGCUGCAAUGGCACAUCUCUCCGGACACUCGCCCAAAACUCUGUCCAAGUCAAAGACAUGCUAAACUUAGUUUUGUCGGAGAGGAUCUGACUUUUCGCACUUUGGAGCCGGACUCUGAGUGGCCAAUCUGGGUCCUCAAUCAAGACAUUCCGUUGACGCUUUCCAAGAAGAGCACUGCCCUGGACAAAUCAGUGAUUGCAAUCAAAGAUAAGCUGAUAAUAGUGGGAGGUACGGUUCAGAGUCAGGCAUCCAGAAACGUCGACUGUUUUGACCUUAAAACAAAGGUUUUGAGUUCUUUGCCUCCAAUGAACAUAGCCCGCACUUUCGCCGGGGUGGCCGAGCUGAAUGGAAAUCUUUACGUGAUUGGCGGUUGCAAAGAUGAUGGAGAAUGGUUGGAUUCCGUGGAAAUGUAUAGCUUCGCCGCCAACUGCUGGAAACGUCUUCCUCCACUUAACUCGCCCUUCACACGCAUCAAAGUGGCAGUUGUCAAUGGCCUCAUCUAUGCUGUUGGAGAUAAUAGCCGCUCGAUGGACUGCUUCUGUCCCAUCACCAUGAAAUGGAACCAGAAGUCAUUUAACAUCGAAAAGUCAAGUGAGUUUGGUGUAGCCGGUGUCGAUGGGAGCUUGUAUGUUGUUGGGGGUAGCUUUAAUGGCAAGAGUUCGUUUUCGGUUGAACGUUAUGAUACCGAGACAAAUUGCUGGACCGUUAUAACCCAAUGUGAAACUAGACGAUCUUCUGUGGAAUGUGUCGGUUUGAAUGAAAUUGAUUGUCUGUGAGGAUCCCAAUGGAAUGUGGAUGCUCUGCAAUUAUGUUAAGGAAUACAAUCCAAUAACAAACAAAUGGAAGAGCUUGGAUCCAAUGCUCCACAAAGGACUUAAAAUUGGGCUGAUAACUAUGUGAAGUAAUUUAUUGAUUUUAGAAUAUGAGCAAUUUAAUGUGACUUUU